AUGUAUAGAUCCCGAGCAAACAAGACAAACUCACCGCCCUUGAUGACGGCCUUUGCGACCUCGAUCCAUCGCGAUGAUCAAAAGAAGCAGAAUGCGAACAUCCACAUCAAAGUCCUAAAUCUCUCUCAGUCUCCUCCCACCACCGCCUGCCUGUCCCCUUUCCCACCGCUUUCCGAUUUUCUCUCCGCCCAACACACGAUGGAGCGCCUAUCUCUAAACGAAAGCCCUGCCCCGGCUUCUCGAACCCCGCAGCAAAAUCAACAAUUCUCCCAGAAUGCCCUUGGCCCAGCAGGCCCUCAGCCUACCGGAGGCCCACCGCAAUUACCCCCGCAGAUGUUCACGACCGCCGCACAGCUGCUUGACCUAACAGAUAGUAUGUUGUGCAUGCCGAGUCAAAGCGACCCAAUAGCAGAAAGAGCGAGCGAGGAGAACAUAGCUAACGCAAUUGCAGAGAAACUUGUGCUCAUCCUUCGCGACGGCCGCAAACUCAUUGGUGUCCUCCGAAGCUGGGACCAGUUCGCAAACCUUGUUUUCCAGGAUACCGUAGAGCGUGUUUACGCUGGACAGUUGUACGCUGAUGUCUCGCGCGGCAUCUUCAUCGUUCGUGGAGAGAAUGUGCUCCUGCUUGGCGAAGUGGACCUCGACCGCGAAGACGAUAUCCCACCCACACUGACCAGAGCCCCAAUCGAAGAAGUCUUCGAGCUGAAGAAGAAGGAGGACGCGAAGCGGAAAACGGGCGACAAGAAGCGCUACGAUGAGCUGCAAGCGCUCGGUUUCGAACCAGAGCACAGUGGGGAGAUUCUGUUCUAG